AUUACCGCAGAAGACGAGACGCUAUUCGCAAAUGUUUCCAGGCAGCUUAUAGACGAGGCUACAAAGUGUUCGCCUUACAGCAUCAAGGAUGGUGCGCAUCUUCAAGGAUGGCUCACAUAACAUACCGUAAAUACGGAAAAUCUAACAGAUGCAGGAAUGGAAAGGGAGGACCCUGGGCUAACGAUGUUUACGUUGUGAGGGGUUCCUGUCGCACAAGAACAACCCGCAAAAACUGCUGUGUGUUCCCGUUCGUGUACAAAGGUAGACGAUACUCACGCUGCACCAGGGUCAAUGCUGCUCGUCCAUGGUGUGCAACUACUUCAAGUUAUGAUGCUGAUAAAAUGUGGGGCUAUUGUGAAGGACAUGGAGUCUCUUUCAUCAGAGUAACACCUUCAAUUAAUAUCCGAAGAGUCGGCUGCUUCAGGGACACAUCGCGCCGAGCAAUUCCUCAAAUGGAUGGCCGAAGUGUGCUGUUAAGAGGCAACUACCAACGCCGUCCAUUAGCCAUUCGCAAAUGCGCGCUUGUUGCUGCAGCACGUGGAUACAAAUGGUUCGGAAUCCAGCAUGGCGGCUGGUGUGCUACAGGACCGCAUGCUGGGAGGACGUAUGCCAAGUAUGGCCGAUCAAACAGAUGUAGAAAUGGCAAAGGUGGACCUUGGGCUAAUGAUGUCUAUAGAAUAGCAGGAACUUGCAAGUAUCGCACUACAAAAGGAAACUGCUGUUCAUUUCCGUUCGUGUAUCGAGGGCGUCGAUACAAACGUCCUGCCAGGGCUCGAAAUGGCAGGAGAUGGUGCGCAAUCACUCCAGACUACAGAACAAACAAACUAUGGGGGUACUGCAGGGGAGGAAGAAAAUCUCCACCCAUCAGAAUCACUCCUGGAGUUUUUGUCAAGUCACUUGGAUGCUUCAAGGACACAGGUCGGCGAGCUAUCCCAGGAGUAGACGGUCGUUACCCAAUAGUGAGGGGAUAUUACCGUAGAAGAGCGGACGCCUUGAAGAAAUGUGCUGCAGUUGCUAUGAGGUUUGGUUACAGAGCUUUUGCUGUUCAACAUCAGGGAUGGUGCGCUACAGGUCCAAGAGCUCAUGUGACUUACGGAAAGUAUGGACGAUCCAAUCGAUGUAGGAAUGGCAAGGGAGGACCUUGGGCUAAUGACGUGUAUCGGGUGUUCGGCCAUUGCCGGAAGCGAACGACAUCUCGCUACUGUUGUGUGUUCCCGUUCAUCUACAAAGGCCGUCGUUACCACAGAUGUACAAGAAAGAACCACAAUCGACCAUGGUGUGCUAUUACAGGCCAUUACGAUCGGGAUAGGAAAUGGGGCAACUGUGCUGGUCGCCGACCGGUCAAACCUGUUCGCCCAGUUCGUCCAACGGGAAAAACUGUAAGAGUAACAGUUAACUUAGUUGCUAAGGGUAUCGGCUGUUACAGAGACACUGGCCGACGGGCCAUACCAACCUUGGAGCGCAGAAGUCGCCUUCUUAGAGGAAAUUACCGCAGAAGACGAUACGCUAUCAAGAAAUGUGCUCUCGCGGCUUAUGCAAAGGGACACAGAGUAUUCGCUGUGCAACAUGGAGGAUGGUGUGCGUCUGGAAGGAGAGCUCAUCUCACCUAUGGGAGAUACGGAAGAUCUAACAGAUGUAGGAAUGGAAAGGGAGGACCUUGGGCCAAUGAUGUCUAUGUACUCAGAGGUUCAUGCCGUGUACGCUCAUCUACUGGAAACUGCUGUGUGUUCCCAUUCGUUUACAAGGGCAGACGGUACAACCGCUGUACCAGAGUCAACUCCAAACGAGCGUGGUGCGCCAGUACGCCAAAUUACGAUCACGAUAAGCUGUUUGGAUACUGCGGAGGAAGAAAACCUGUGCGUCCAAUCAGGAUUACUACCUCGAUAACACUCCAGAGGAUAGGAUGUUACAAAGACACCUGGCGCAGAGCCAUCCCUAUAAUUGAAGGCCGAAGCCCGUUCUUAAGAGGAAACUAUCAACGAAGAAAAUACGCCAUUCGAAAAUGUGCGUUAGUCGCCAUAAAACGUGGCUACUCCUACAUGGGAGUCCAACAUGGCGGGCAGUGUGCAUCCGGGCGUUAUGCCUAUAAAACAUAUGCUAAGUAUGGCCGGUCAAACAGAUGUAGGAAUGGAAAAGGAGGAGCUUGGGCUAAUGGAGCUAUCCCAGGAGUGGACGGUCGUUACUCGUUAGUGAAAGGCUACUACCGAUCACGAAAAGCCGCCAUUGAGAAAUGCGCUCUUGUUGCUUUGAUGCUCCGAGCCAAGGUGUUUGCCGUCCAACAUCAGGGGUGGUGCGCUACGGGUCGAAGAGCUCAUGUGACGUAUGGGAGGUACGGACGAUCCAAUCGGUGUAGGAAUGGAAAGGGAGGACCUUGGGCUAAUGAUGUGUACAGAGUGUACGGAUCCUGUGGAGCAAAGACAACUAAACGUUAUUGUUGCUCGCUGCCGUUUAUCUACAAAGGUCGUCGCUAUAACAGUUGUACGAGAAAAAACCAUAAUCGUCCAUGGUGUGCUUUAACUUCUAACUAUGACCGCGACAGGAAAUGGGCUAACUGUGCCACACGUAAACCUGUUCGACCAGUGAAACCAAUCAUUCCGCCCGUGAGAGCCCGUGUCGUUCAAAUCACUAUUGGAUUGAAAGCCAUACCUAUCGGUUGCUUCAGGGACACUGGUCGCCGAGCGAUUCCAACUAUGGAAGGGAGGAGCCGUCUCCUUAAAGGACCUUACCGACGAAGAAGAUAUUCGAUUCAAAAAUGCGGUGUCGCUGCAGAAAGACGAGGAUAUAGAGUGUUUGCAAUACAGCACCAGGGAUGGUGUGCUUCAUCUAAAUUCGCCUAUCGAACGUAUGGAAGAUACGGAAGAUCUAAGAGGUGUAGGAAUGGAAAGGGAGGACCAUGGGCAAACACUGUUUACGUUCUGAAAGGCUCUGCUCGUGCGCGAACAACACGCAACAACGCAUGCGUGUUCCCGUUUGUCUACAAAGGUAGAAGGUACACCAGCUGUUCAAGGGUCAACUCAAAACGGCCCUGGUGCGCCAUUACUCCUAAUUAUGACGUGGACAAAUUGUGGGGAUACUGUCGUGGACACGGAGUUCCUGCAAUAAAGAUCGCUCCAUUUAUUAGCAUCCAAAGAAUCGGCUGCUUCCGUGAUACAUCUCGCCGAGCUAUCCAACCAUUGGACGGUAAACUUCUGCUUGUCAAAGGAAAUUACCAGAGAAGAAAGAAAGCCAUUGCUAAGUGUGCCCUGGCUGCCUCUCGAUUUGGUUUUAGGGUGUUUGGAGUCCAACAUGGCGGCUGGUGUGCAUCUGAUCCGCGGGCUUUCAGAACCUACGCCAAGUACGGCCGAUCAAACAGGUGCAGGAAUGGAAAGGGAGGCCCUUGGGCGAAUGAUGUUUACAGAAUCUCAGGAAAAUGUCGUCUUCGCACUACAACUGGCUACUGCUGUGUACCAUUCACGUAUCGCCGGCGUCGAUACAGAGGUUGUGCUACAAACAGUCGUGGCCAAAAGUGGUGCGCGAUCACUCCUGACUUUACGACGAACAAACUGUGGGGGUACUGCAGGGGUGGAGCAAGACCCAAACCAAUAAAGGUGACAACUGGAGUGAGAGUCAAGUCAAGAGGCUGCUGGCGCGACACUGCUCGUCGAGCUAUUCCCGGUAUAGACGGCAAAGAUAUUCUUCUCCGGGAUUAUUACCGAAGAAGAGCCGACGCCAUUGACAAAUGCGCUCUGGUUGCCUUGAGGCUCGGUCAUGUAGCCUUUGCUGUACAACAUCAGGGAUGGUGCGCCACAAGUCGAAGAGCUCACUUGACUUACAGGAGGUAUGGACGAUCCAAUCGGUGUAGAAACGGGAAAGGAGGACCUUGGGCCAAUGACGUGUAUUUCAUUCAAGGGAGGUGCCGAAAGAGAACGACCUCUCGCUACUGCUGCAGCUUCCCGUUCAUCUAUAAAGGCCGCCGUUAUAACAGUUGCACGAAAAAGAAUCACAAUCGUCCAUGGUGCUCGCUGACCGGCAACUAUGACAGAGACAAGAAAUGGGGUAACUGUGCUGGACGUCGCCCGGUUAGACCUGUAAAACCGGUUAGACCAAUAAGGCCAGGAACAGUUGUAAGAAUCACCGUUGGGUUAGGAGCAAAGAACAUCGGUUGCUUCAGAGACACAGGCCGACGAGCCAUAUCUCCACUGGAAGGGAGAAGUCGUCUUCUUAAAGGAAGUUAUCGUCGACGGAAGUACGCCAUUAGAAAAUGUGCUCUGGCUGCACAAAAACGAGGCUUCAGAGUGUUCGCAGUGCAGCAUGGGGGAUGGUGUGCUGCUUCCAGGACAGGACACUUAACAUACAAGAGAUACGGAAGAUCUAACAGAUGUAGGAAUGGAAAGGGAGGACCUUGGGCUAAUGAUGUCUACGUCUUGAGAGGCUCCUGCAGAACAAGAACGACCAGCCAGAACUGCUGCGUGUUCCCGUUCAUUUACCGUGGCAGGCGUUACAACCGCUGCUCCCGGGUGCGCUCCAGAGGCCGUCCAUGGUGCGCCCUCACUCCAAACUAUGACGUGGACAAACUGUGGGGAUUUUGCGGAGGACGAGGAGUACGCCCUAUAAAGGUCACACCUUCAAUAAGGAUUCAAAGAAUUGGUUGCUAUAGAGACACAGCUCGGCGGGCCAUACCACAAAUGGACGGAAGAAGUCGCCUCUUAAGAGGAAACUAUAAACUACGAAGAAAUGCCAUCAAAUUAUGCGCCUUGACUGCUGCUAGUCAGCGGUACGCUGUGUUUGGUGUUCAGGACGGUGGAUGGUGUGCGUCAGGACCGCAGGCUCAUAGAACUUUCGCUCGAUAUGGAAAAUCCAACAGGUGUAGGAAUGGCAAGGGGGGGCCUUGGGCCAAUGAUGUUUACAGAGUAUCAGGAACAUGUCGUCACAGAACUACUCGAGGUCACUGCUGCGUUUUUCCGUUUGUAUACCGCGGGCGCAGACACUAUUCGUGUACCAGACGUGGAAAGACAAGGCCCUGGUGCCCAAUCACCUUUGGAGGAUAUCGAAGGGGAACAGCCUGGGGAUAUUGCAGAGGAAAAAGAUCUCCACCCAUACGAAUCACUACCGGAGUCAGCGCCAAGUCAAUUGGAUGUUUCCGUGAUACUAGUCGACGUGCCGUUCCACCAGCGGAAGGUCGAGAUUCCAUUCUCGACGGUUAUUACCGCAGAAGAGCAGACGCCAUUACGAAAUGCGCUUUGGUGGCCAUGAGAAGGGGAUACAGUGUGUUCGCUGUACAACAUCAGGGAUGGUGCGCCACAAGUCGAAGAGCUCAGUUGACAUACAGGAGGUAUGGACGAUCCAACAGGUGUAGGAAUGGAAAGGGAGGACCUUGGGCUAAUGAUGUUUACUCCGUAAGAGGAUAUUGCAAGAGACGAACCACAAGCCGACAUUGCUGUGUGUUUCCGUUCAUUUACAAAGGCCGUCGUUACAACAGCUGCACAAGAACUCGCCACAGCCGUAGAUGGUGCGCUAUCACACCCAACUAUGAUCGGGAUAGGAAAUGGGGCAACUGCGUCAGGCGAAUCAGGCCAGUGCGUCCGAAACCAGUGCGGCCAAAAUUACCCGGUGGAAGUGUGUCUCACGUCGGUGUUACUGCUGAUAUUGCUUUCUUGAUCGAUGGCUCCCGCUAUGUCGGUCGCAGAAAUUUCCACUUUGAGAAGGCCUUCAUCAAGUCGAUCGCCCGUCGUUUCACAAUCAGUAAGUACCAAUCACACGUUGGUGUGGCAACUUACGGAAGCCGGCCACAUCUGCGCAUGCGUUUGAACCAGUACAACUCGUUAGGUCUGGUACUCAGAGCCUUGAACUACAUCCGCUUUCCAAACCAAGUCGGUCGGCGAGUCGAUCUCGGAUUACAAGCUUGUCUCCGAUAUUUCUUCGCAAGGAGGCAGAUGUUCUCUUUCAUCCGAAAGGUCUUGGUGGUGGUAGUCAGCGGCAAGCAGACUGCAAGAUCCUCCUACCUCAUCAGUAGGCUUCCGUCGCAGUUCAGGCGUUAUGGCGUCAAGGUGUUUAUCAUUGGAGUUGGUUAUGUUGAUCAGCGAUACCUGCGACCCUUUACCUACAGGAACAGGCACGUGUAUAGGGUUCGCUCGUACAGCAGCCUGGUCGCUAGAGCGGGUACCAUCGCUAAGGCUAUACACCUGGAAAUGCGUCCUGGACGCGAACGAUACCAAGAUCUACAGAAGCGGCUCAACUAUGAAGCUGGCCGAAACAGCACUGAUGUAGAAGGAGAACGAUACAUUAAUGGAAACGGGAUGGAAGGCAACGAAGAACCUUACGUAAAUGGGACCUGGAUGGAAAACAACAGAGAACAAUACAUAAAUGGGACCAGGAUUGAAGACAACAGUGGACAACGAAACGGAACGGAAUUUUUAAAAACCUUGUAGAUAAACCAAUCUAAACGAGGUAGAUACGAUGGCACUCUAUAAAAAUAUCAAAAACCUUCCUUAUUUAAGUUGCAACUGCACAAUCACUGAGGUGUUUUUGGUAGCAAUCGUUGCGUUACAUAAAGCUUUGCGUAACGCAACAUUGCAUAACUGACUGAGUGUUGCCUGUCAGUUUAUAUGAGGCAAAGGUGUCUUAAUUCAAGAUCGUUUACCUUGUUUUCUCUCUGAAAAUUGAUUCAGAUAUUCCUUUAAUGAAGGUCUCCUGUUUAAAUCAACGCCUACGUUUUUAGUUUAGCAAAUGGAAUAAAGUUUCAUUGAUUUUCAAUGUCAA